UAAAAAAAAAAAACAGAAUCGCUCUCAGUUCCCACCGGCGCAAACCCACUUCCCUCUCAUUGUGAAUUCCUCAAAAUUCUAGGGUUUUGGAAAUUUGAACUCUCUCUCCCUCCCUUCGUUUCGAUCUCCUCCGAUUCUCCUAGGGUUAGGGUUAGGGUUUUGAAAAAAAAAAAAAAUUACAGAGAAAUGGGGGGCGACUGGCAGCAGCUGCUCCAAUCGGUCGUCCUCGGCCUCAUUUUCUCCUACCUACUCGCCAAGCUCAUCUCCAUAGUCGUCUCCUUCAAGGACGACAACCUCACCAUCACACGCGCCAGCACCGCCGCCGCCCCGGCCGGGCCCAAAACCGACGACCCGGCCCGCUCCGCCGAAUCGGGCGCCUUGCUCCACGAGGCCGAUUCGGUGGUGGCGGAGCACGGGAGUGUCAGGAACGACAGCGCCGGCAGCGAGGUCGGGAGCGACGAUGACUGGGAAGGCGUGGAGAGUACGGAACUGGACGAGAUUUUCAGCGCCGCUACGGCGUUUGUGGCGGCGGCCGCGGCGGACAGGACGAAGGUGUCGACGGAGGCGCAGUUGCAGCUCUAUGGGCUCUACAAGAUCGCCACUGAGGGCCCCUGUAGCGUGCCCCAGCCUUCCGCGCUGAAAAUGACGGCUCGCGCCAAGUGGCAAGCAUGGCAGAAAUUGGGUGCUAUGCCUCCUGAGGAUGCGAUGGAGAAGUACAUUGAUAUUGUUAGUGAGCUAUAUCCUACUUGGACUGAUGGUUUGAUUGUGAAGAGCAAAGGUGGAGAUGGUAGCUCGGUUGGUAAUGAUUCGAAAGGACCGAUGGGACCGGUUUUCAGCACUUUUGUUUAUGAGGAGGGAUCUGGAAAUGAUUUCAAGAUGGAUGCUAUACAUGCCUUUGCCAGAGAAGGAGAAGUGGAUAAUUUGCUUAAAUGCAUUGAUAGUGGUGUUUCAGUUGAUGCAAAGGAUAGUGAGGGAAGGACCCCAUUGCAUUGGGCUGUUGAUCGUGGCCACCUAAACAUGGCCGAGAUGCUUGUCAGCAGGAAUGCUGAUGUUAAUGCAAAGGACAAUGAGGGCCAAACCGCAUUGCAUUAUGCUGCUGUGUGUGAGAGAGAAGGCAUCGCUGAAUAUCUGGUGAAGAAAAACGCAGACACAAACGUGAAAGACAACGAUGGCAACUCUCCGUCUGAUCUUUGUGAGUCAAAAUGGCCUUGGCUGCAGCAUGCAAAGGAGUAGAGGUACUGAGGGUGUACGUUUGUUCCUGCUGAAGUGAUUUUUCAAAUAGUCCUUGUGGAUGGCUGUAUAUGGUGAUGUAUAACCCUUCCACUAAAUUUAGUCUCCGGAAAAAUGUUGAAGUAGAGCAGUAUAUGUAUGUAGUUUUCCACAUUGUCCUUGUGUAGCCUUCUUUUUUUUGGUUUCCCUUUUUCCCUAUUGUGGAGAUGACAAGAAAGGUUCAAAUUA